AUGGCCAUGGCUGGGCUCAAGACCAUCAUCGUGCUCUCAUUUAUACUGGCCAUUGGAUUCCUCCUGGUCAUCCUCUCCUCGGCCCUCUUCGAGUCCUACCUCACCCUGCUCGUUGUCGCAACCUACAUAAUCGCGCCUUUGCCCAACUGGAUAUGCGGGAAGGCACAAGCAAACGAGGACUUCAUGGACAGUGGGAGCAAUAGCAUCGUCGAAUUGGGAAGGUUCUUGACGGGAUUUCUGGUGGUCAUGGGAAUUGCGCUGCCUAUCGUCCUUGCACAUUGUGAUCAGAUUAAGAUUCCCGCUAUGAUCAUGAGCAUUGUCGGCGGUCUGCUCAUCUACGGCACCAUCAUCUCAUUUGGCCUGUUUUUCCGAGAGCAGGAGGAGUUCUAG